CCCAGCCAAGGCGGGGUCUGGGCGCCUCUGUGGAGCCCAGAGACCUCUGGCUCCUCAUGCACCCAGAGUCACCUGGAUGCUGGCUUCUGGGUCUAGAAGGGGAUCGCCACCUUCACCUGUCGGGUGUCCCCACAGCCUACAAAGAGAAGAUGAAGGAGCUCCCGCUGGUGUCCUUGUUCUGCUCCUGUUUCCUGUCCGAUCCCCUGAAUAAGUCAUCCUAUAAAUAUGAAGGCUGGUGUGGGAGACAGUGUAGGAGGAAAGAUGAAAGCCAGCGGAAAGACAGUGCUGACUGGAGAGAAAGAAGAGAGCAGGCAGACACGGUGGACCUGAACUGGUGUGUCAUUUCCGACAUGGAAGUCAUCGAGCUGAACAAAUGCACCUCGGGCCAGUCCUUUGAAGUCAUCCUGAAGCCACCCUCCUUUGAUGGGGUGCCCGAGUUCAAUGCCUCCCUACCCAGGAGGCGAGACCCAUCACUGGAAGAAAUCCAGAAGAAACUGGAAGCAGCCGAGGAGAGAAGGAAGUAUCAGGAAGCUGAGCUCCUGAAGCACCUGGCGGAGAAGCGGGAACAUGAGCGGGAGGUGAUCCAGAAAGCCAUCGAGGAAAACAACAACUUCAUCAAGAUGGCCAAGGAGAAGCUGGCCCAGAAGAUGGAAUCCAAUAAGGAGAACAGGGAGGCCCACCUUGCCGCCAUGUUGGAACGGCUGCAAGAGAAGGCGCCGCCUGCUGCGCGGUGACUCCCAGGACCCGAUCGGUGGCCUCGUCCCAUGGACAAGCACGCGGAGGAGGUUCGGAAAAACAAGGAGCUGAAGGAAGAGGCCUCCAGGUAAAGCCCAGAGGCAAAGAAGUUUCCAGAACGGCCGGACAACUCCAGCAGCUCCGCAGUUCCCGAAGCAGCCUGGCCCGCCGCUGGCUGCUCUCCCAGCACUGGGGUUUGGGGGAGGGGGUGGCCAGGGGCGUUUCCUCUGCUUUCGGUGUUUGUACUUGUAAAGAAUUGACCAGUGAAGCCAUCCUAUUUGUUUCAGGGGAACAACGAUGGGGUGGGAGAGGGGAGACAAGGAGAGAGGUUAGGAAAGGGAGAUGGAUGGAGAAGGACUCACGGACAUUGCAACCCAGCCCAGGUCAAGUCCUCGGCUUUUCUUCACAGUGAGCAUCCGGGCACCGCCUUGAGGGAAGUUAAACACAGGCAGUAGAAUUCCCAUGAAGGGCCGUCUUGGGUGGAGCGUGGGCUGCAGGGCGUGGCGCGAUACCCCAGCCGGGGGUCGGGGGCCCUGCGGCAGUGGGAUGCGGUCCGAGUGUGUGUGUGUGCGUGUGCGCGUGCGCGCGUGUGUUUUAACCAUCAUCUUUUGAUCAUCAUGACCAAUAAUGAAACAUUUA